AUGGUUUUGAUUUCUGCAAGCAUCGUGUCAAAGUCUGGCAAAGCUCUCGUAACCCGGGUAUUCGUGUCCGAUAUGACUCGUGCUCGCAUGGAAGGUUUACUGGAUGCUUUUCCAAAGCUUAUAGGAAACGAUAAGGAUCCAGCACAGCGUCAGCAUACUUUCAUCGAAACUGACAGUGUUCGAUAUGUUUAUCAUCCGUUGGACAACCUCUAUAUGGUGCUGAUCACGACGAAAACAUCAAACAUCUUGGAGGACCUCGAAACCCUGAGGCUGUUUUCGCGAGUGAUUCCUGAGUAUUGUCGUUCCAACGAAGAAAAGGAGAUACUUGCGCACGAUUUUGAUCUCAUAUUCGCUUUCGAUGAGGUUGUAACUCUUGGCUACAGAGAAAAUGUCAAUUUGGCCCAGAUCCGCACAUUUACGGACAUGGAUUCGCACGAGGAACGCGUUUUCCUCCAAAUUAAAGAAGCCCAAGAACGAGCAGCUAAACAGGCGAUGGCUGAAAAAGCAAAGGAAUUUAAGCGUAUGCAGAAAGAAGCUCUUAGUAAAGGACUCAAGCCAUCUGCUGCGAACUUCUCGUCCGCCUUGGGAAUUUCAUCAUCUUCCACACCACUCACUGCAGUGCAGGAGACUUUCACGGCCAAACCCACUAAUACAUCGACUAGAACUGGUGGAGGAAAGGCACUCAAGCUUGGAGCAAAAACAGAUGAGGAUGCAUUCUUACAACAACUUCGACAGGAAGGGCAAAAUAUUGCACCUGUUGAGAGGUCACCGGUACUUCGCGAAGCUGGAACCGCAUCUGCUGCAGUUGCUCAAGUGUCAAAUGUGAAACGUGAAGCAGUCCACAUAUGCACUGAGGAGAAAAUGGUUGCGACGGUUAGCCGUGAUGGAGGAUUACAAGGAGCUGAGGUUCUUGGAGUUGUAUCGUUAUCAGUGAGUGCUCCUGAAUUCAACACUAUCGCAAUUCAAAUGCGCAACAAUGUACCUGCAGGAACACAAUUGCAGGUUCAUCCAAAUCUUGACAAAAACGAUUGGCACACGUCGGCCAUGCUUAAGUUGAAAUCGGUGGCUAAACCAUUUCCGGUCAACACCAACUGUGGUGUCUUGAAGUGGAAGAUGGUACUUACUGAAGAGGAGCAGCUUCCUGUCACAUUGAACUGUUGGCCACAAGAAUCUCCGAACGGGUGUCAAGUGAACAUCGAAUAUACUUUGCAAAGGGUUGAUCUUUCCCUUGAGAAUGUUGUUAUUACUGUACCACUUCCUGCCGCCACAGUCCCUAUCGUAUCUGAAUGCGAAGGUUCGUAUGACUACCAGAAAGCACGCAAUCAAAUUGUUUGGACAAUUCCUGUCAUUGAUAGCACCAACUCAGCUGGGACUUUGGAAUUUUCCGUCCCAAAUGGACAUGCCGACCACUUUUUCCCCGUUCAAGUUCGUUUCCAUGCAGAGAAAUUGUAUUGUGACAUAGGGGUUGAUGCUGUUCGAUCAGUGGAUGGCAGCUCGCAUGUGCCUUACUCUACUGAAACCCGUUUCAUUUCCGACAAAUACGACAUAGUAUAG